AUGGACAGUGUUUUAAGCUCUUCUACAUUUUCUAUGUUGGAAGGAAAGCUUGACAAUCGAAUUCUUAAAUCCAUAAACGUAUUAGGAUUUGAGAAACCUACAGAAAUUCAAGUAAAGGUUUUGCCUCACAUGUUACUUGGUGAAGAUGUUAUUGCAGCUGCCAAAACUGGUAGUGGAAAAACACUUGCAUUUCUAAUUCCAGCUAUUGAAUGCUUAUUGAAGCAUAAAUUUACUAAAUCUCUUGGUACUGGCUGUAUCAUAAUUUCUCCAACAAGGGAACUUGCAUUACAAACUUUUGAAAUACUUGGUAAAUUACUUAACAACAUAAAUCUGUCACAUGCCUUAAUUGUAGGAGGUGUUAAGAAAUCAAAAGAACUAUUAGCUCUUCAAAAAGGUGUCAAUAUAGUUGUUGGUACACCUGGAAGAAUAUUAGAUCAUUUAAAGAAUACCAAGGAAUUCAAUAGUCAUAACUUAAAAUGCCUAAUAUUAGACGAAGCUGACAAAUUACUUGAAGCAGGAUUUCAAAAACACAUUGCAGGCAUAAUCAAAGAAUUACCUCAAAAGAGACAAACUGGUUUAUUUAGUGCUACCAUAGAUGAUAAAGUAAAAAAUUUGGCUCGUCUUGCCUUAAAGGAAAAGCCAGUGUUAGUUGCACUCACAGAUGAAAAGCAAUCUACAGUUGUUGGUCUCAAACAAGGUUACUUCAUUUGUCCAGUAGAAGAGAGAAUACCAUGGCUUUACAAAAUGUUGAAAAAAGCAAAGAAAUUAAAAGUACUCGUAUUCUUUUCAUCAUGUAAUUCUGUUGAUUUUCAUUAUGAGUUCUUUAUGUAUUGUAAAGCUCCCGUUAUAAGGAUACAUGGUAAAUUAAGUCAAUGCCAACGAAAGGAGGCAUUUCAAACCGUUGACUGGGUUGUUCAGUUUGACCCACCCAAAGAGGAAUACAUACAUAGAGUAGGCCGUACAGCGAGAGGUCUGAAUAACACUGGAAAUGCUGUAAUCCUACUCCGACCGGAAGAGGAAGUUUUUACUCAAUAUUUAGAAAAGGAAAAGGUUUAUUUAGAUAAAUACACAUUUGAUUCUUCACAAAAUGGGGUUCAAAAAAUGUUGGAAGACCUCAUACAAAAGAAUGGAGUUAUGAAAACCUUAGCUCGAAAGGCGUACUUAUCGUCCCUCAGAUGUUACAAUAAACAUUCACUAAAUACUGUUUUCAAUAUUAAGAAAUUGGACUUGAAGUUGGCAGCCCGAGCUUUUGGAUUUCUGGAACAACCUCACGUAGACUUUCGUAUCCUUUUUUAUUAA